CACCUGUGUAUGCAUAUGCGUGCAUGUCUCUCCUCGGCGUGUGUGUGUGUGUGUGUGUGUGUGUGUGCGCGCACAUCACGUGCGCUGUGCGCCUGCCCGUCCCUUCUGUGCGUCGGAGACGGGAGCUCCUGCACCCCCUGGGCAAGGGGAGAGUUCCGGAGGCCCCGGCCCCGCCUGCAGGAGCCUCUCUCCACAGCCUCCACAGAGCGAGGGGCGCUGUUCGGCCACCAGGACCUGCUGAGGACAAACGCCUCGAAGCAGAAGGCGGCGCUGGGUGUUUUGAACGCGGAGGUCCGAGCCUGCAACAGCUGCUGCUCGGGGACACAGACGCUGCUGGAGAGGGCACGCACGGAGCUGGGGGAGGCGCAGGCGAAGCUGAUCCAGCAGGAGAGUGCCCUCAAAGAACUGAGCGAUCGCGUGACCCAGAGCUUGGCUGAAGCGGGCAGGGACCGCGAGGACAUCCGCAGCGAGCUGUUCAGGGCUCUGGAGGCCGCCCGGCUGGGGAACAGCUCCUGUGAGGAGUGCCCCGCAUCGUGGCUGCCCUUCCAGGGCUCCUGCUACCUUUUCUCCAUCCUGCGGGCCACGUGGGAGGAGUCGCAACGCAACUGCGCGGGCUCCGGCGGACAUCUGGUGAUAGUGGGGGACCUGGAGGAGCAGGGCUUCCUGAGCCGAAACACGCGCGGCCGCGGUUACUGGCUGGGCCUGAGGGCCGUGCGCCGCGCGCGCCAGAUCCAGGGCUACCAGUGGGUAGACGGAGUCCCGCUCAGCUUCAGCCACUGGAACCUGGGGGAGCCCAAUGACUCUAUGGGGCGCGAGGACUGCGUGAUGAUGCUACGCACUGGGAUGUGGAACGAUGCACCGUGCGACAACGAGAGGGACAACUGGAUUUGUGAGAAGAGGCGCAGCUGUUGACCCCGCCCCGCGCCCCGCGCGCCCCGCCCACCGAGCUGUUUGGUGUUCUUGCAUUUUCCCCCCAGACUGGGAAGCCUUACAGACAGGGGUUUUGUGAGCUGUCUUCGCAGCCCUUAGGAAGCAUCAAUAAAUGCUUGAGAAAUGAA